UUAAUAAGGAUGCUGUGAAAGAACUUAUAGAGCUUUUAACCCCAAGGUUGGGAGGAGCUCCUCCUGAUCGAAGAGCUCACCACAGUAUUCCUAUAUGGAGAAAAGUGUUGAUUGCACUUAGAUUUUUCGCGGAUGGUACUUUCCACAGAGAGACUGGCGAUUUAUUGAAUGUGAGUACUGCGGCUUCAUGUCGCAUUGUACACAGUGUCGCGAUAGCUAUUUGUGUAGCAAUGAAAAAAGACUUUAUCAAAUUCCCUACAGGAGAAUAUGCUAGGAGAACAAAAACUAAAUUUUUUGUGAAAUAUGGGUUCCCAAAUGUGCUCAGUUGUGUCGAUGGCACUCUCAUCCCCAUUGUCUGCCCCACAACUGCUGACAAAGAAGAGUACCGGAGUAGAAAAGGGAGAUUUUCAAUCAAUGUAUUGGCAGCGGCUGGAGCUGAUAUGGAGUUUACUAAUAUUGUUGCUCGGUGGAAAGGGAGUACGCACGACUCCCGAGUUCUGAAAAACUCUUCACUAUAUUCAACUUUUGAAGAACGUGAUAUGGGUGGGAUUCUGAUCGGAGAUAGUGGAUACGCAUGUAACAGAUUUUUGAUGACACCACUUCUUCGACCACAAACUCCAGCGGAGCAACGAUAUCAACGAGCUUUAAUAAGGACCAGAUCGACAGUUGAGAGGAUGUUUGGUCUACUGAAAAACAGAUUCAGAUGUUUGCACAAUAACAACACCUUACGGUUCAGUCCCCGUCGUUGUUGUAUUGUCAUUGUUGCUUGCGCCAUACUUCACAACUUUGGAAUAAAAAAAGGAUUAUUUGAAGACGUUUUGGAGCCACUUCCUGAAGAUUAUGACAUGGAAGAGAAUGAAGACCAACCUGAGGUAGCUGACCGCCCCGACGGAAUCUUAACACGUAAUCAAAUUAUCCGCCGUCACUUCACAAACUGAAGUACUCCAUUUUCUUCUUGUGGAACUUGUCUGCAUUGGAUGAGACACGUUUGAUGCGUGGUUGAGCGGAUCCAGUUGCAGAUCCCGGAGUGGUUGCACGGGAAUCAGGUGCUGUGGAGGUGCCCGCUAUCGGCGUGUCA